AUGACUGAACUGCAACCAAUACCACGAAUCGACUCUAGCAAGCGCCAGCCUUGCGGCAUUCUCGAAACUGAAAUACAGAAACACACAGUAUCAAAUACUCCACUUGGACUUUGGACUCGAACUGUUGCCAAGAUGUGUAAAUUCGCCCAGCGCGAGCGCGCGGAUAGAUCGAAAUACGCCUGGAAGUGGCACGACUGCGGUUCCGCAACCUGCAAAUCAUCGGUUCAGUACGACCCUUACCCACGUCCCAAGCAGCCCAAGGCUCCAGAGCCUCCAGCGGAACCUACCAUGGUAUGGAAUGGCUUUGUCUUGCCAUUGACCUGUGCCCCCGACACGAAGGUUUAUAAACGGCCGGGUAGCGCUAAGCGUUAA